AUGGAAUCUAAAGAAGCUUCACAACCUUCUGAACAAGAUUUUAUGUCACUAUAUGCAUUCUCACGACGGGGAGGCUCAGGACGCUCUUUUGGCUUGCUGAAUGGUACACAGUUUAUCAAAGACAUUGUCUGCUCGUCGACUGGUAGAGAUUUUUCCUGUCCUCGUUUAACUUUAACCUGUUCAGCAUGUACAGCGCUUGAAUCUGUCAUUUCAGUCUGCAGUUGGAAAACAGCUCUAGUCAUAGAAUGGAAAGUAUCCUUGCCAUCCACCGUUUCCUUGUUCAUGUCAAUGUUACCUGAUCCUUCCUGGAUAAGACCAGUAUUGGACGACAGUGCUGUCGUAGGAUCUAAUAUUUAUGUUGAUGGAGGCUCAACAAUUGCACUUGUAUGCCCAUUCAAAGCCGAUCCUGCAAACUCCAUUAGGUGGUCUGGACCUCCAAAUUUGAUAACUCUGUCGAUUGGGUUUGACAUUAAUCCCAAUUUACCAGAUGCACAGAGAUCCCGUCUCAGCGUUUCAGGUAAUGGCAGCAACGGGGAUUAUAAUUUAAAGAUUGGUAACAUUCAACUGCACGAUGAAGGAGUAUAUAGAUGUAAUGGAGUAUCUAGUGGAUCUUCAUUAUAUAAAGACCUCAACUUGUUUAUAAAAGUCGUCAAAUUAUCAACAUAUCCAAGUACUGCAGUUGAAGGAAAAGAUUACAGUUUCAUAUGCUCUUAUGUAAACAGUUUCAUAGAAUUUCGAACAGAUGAAAGUACAAUCUGUGUCAUUAUAGGAAUUAACGCUAAUGGUACCUGUAACAUAUCUGGGAGUUACAACAGAAAAUUUACGUACAGCUGUGAUUCGUCAACGUAUAAUGUAACCAUACCUGGGCUGUUUUUGACAGAAAGCUUACAUGGAACUAAAUGGGAAUGUUUAAAUGUCUUCGAUAAUUCCCAAAGGUCCGGCAAAAAACAAUUAUAUGUAAAUACUCCAAUCACUUCAGUCACACUGUCAAAUCCAGCGGCAGAUGAAAAUCCAGUAAAAGUAAUCAAUGGUCAAAAGAUAAUUUUUACAUGCAGAACAAAUGCCGGUCGACCAUCCGCUAAAAUACAAUGGUAUCUCGCAAGUGUUAACAUCACAUCAUCUGCUUCAAGUCAGACUGAAGUAUGUGCUACAGAUUGUUCUGAUGAUAAAUUUGUAUCGUCAAGCCAGCAAAUAUACAAAGGGCAGAAGGAUGACAGCGACAAAAUAAUUGUUUGUACUGCAUUAAAUAUACAGGGCCAUGGUGUUAAGUCAUCGAAUAAAACAAUUGAUGUAUUGUAUUUCCCAAAUAUCCACAUGAAACCGAUAUAUAAUCCAUAUAAUGUAUACCAGAACCAGCAAGAUGUAGUCUUAAUAUGUGAAAUUGACGAUGCGAACCCUUCAGAAGCUGUCACGUACAAAUGGAAUAGUCCAAGUCGUACGGUAAACACUCAAAAUCUUACCAUACCAACUGUAACCAAAUUACACAAUGGCCAGUACUCGUGUACUGCCACAAAUAUAGCUGGCACGUCCAAUAAAGCAACAAAACAGUUAAAUGUGCAUUAUGGUCCAAUGAUAUCAAAUAUUUCCAACCAGCACGAUAUUACAGAGGGGAACAACCUGAUAGUGUCGCCUAUAGUUGAUGCAAAUCCAGUGCCCAAGUUUGUAUGGUGGACAAAACAGAAUGAUGCAAACUUCAGAUAUGAACACUUCGUCCUUAUAAUAAACAACAUAAACAGAAAGUCAAGUGGAAACUACUCGUGUUACGUAAUGAACACACUGUCACCUUCAGGGAUGUCGGAAAUAAACAUAACAGCUCAACAGACGUUCUCCGUAAACGUAGUAUUUAAACCUUUUUUAGACAGCACUAAACCAUAUUCUCCUGGACAUGUUACUGCAACAAUAAACAGCACUCUUCGAUUAACAUUAACAGUAAAUGCUUACCCGGUACCAUUUAUAGAAUGGACAUUCAGGGCGGAUAAGGACUGGAAUACCUGCAAUUUUGUAACUAUAAUGUCCAACACAAUUAGCAAUGAAUUCGGCACUUCCUCAUCAGUAUUGAUCAACAAUAUCAACAGCAAUAACUUCGGCGACUAUGUUUUUACAGCUAGAAAUACAGCUGGCGUUUUCUCUCGAAGAUUUGUUGUAAUGGAAGAAGCAUUGUUAAGACAAGAGAUGUUCGCAAGCACAAAAGGGAAUACUGGCAUGUUUUUGGCAGGCAUAGUAACCUUGGUCGUCGGUUUGUUGAGCCUUACGUCAUCAGUUAUUUUUGUUGUCCGGAACAGACUAAAGAACAAGACAAUUGCAUCUUCCAAAACUGACCAAUAUAGUGAUGUACAAAGAAGCAAUCCUGCAUUUACAGAUCCAUAUACUACGUUACAGUGUGAUAUAGUGCAAACUAUAUUCAGUCUAAAUGUUGGUAUAUCUGGAUACCCUUACAUCGAACCAGGCGUGCCAUACAAUGUCUCGUGUACAGUUGAUGAGUAUCAAGACAAUAGACGGACAACGUUUUUUGCAAGAACCACAGAUACUUAUCUCGAAGAAACUACUGUUUGGUACUACAAAAGGUAUGGAUGUUUUCAACUCAUGAGCCCAGUGUCUAUACUUUGUAUAAAUGCAUCAUGUGCGUGUGAUGAUAAUGGAUUAACUACACACUGGACAUACGACACACCUUCACACCUUCCUACACCAGUGAUAUUUACAUGUUUUUCCUCAGAUAAUGAAUCUAGAAUUGCUCAAAGUGACGUUCUGGAACCGACAAUUCUUCUUGGUCCAGGAUCAAGUCUUCAAUUCGACCCUAGUACCAACUCAUUAACAAAGACGAAAGGGGAACAACUUGGUCCAUUAAAUUGUUCAGCAACAUGUAAUCCUCCAUGUCAGUACACAUGGACUAAACCAGAUAAAAGUACUAUCAUUGGUGGUCAGUUGAUAAUAACAUCAUUGUCGUUUGGGGAUCAUGGACAUUUUAUUUGUACAGCAUCAAAUGCUAUUGGCGGAAGUCAGAAUAAAAGUCUGGAUGUAACAGUUAAUUACAGUCCUGAGUAUGUUACACUGUUACCACAUGAUACACAUUAUAAUGUAACAGAAGGAAACAAUAUACAACCAAUCAAUUGCAGGGCAGACUGUAGACCUGUUUGUACAUUUAUAUGGUCUGGUCCUAACGUUCCCGCUGGCACAACUAACGUACUCAGUCUUCAGAAUAUAAAUAAAAACCAAAAAGGAGUUUUUAACUGUACAGCAUAUAACGACGUUGGUGUUUUAAAAUCAGACGAUGUGAAUAUAAAUGUUCAGUUUGGUCCAGGAUCAAGUCUUGAAUUUGAACCCAGUGCCACGUCAUUAACAAAGCUUAAGGGGGAACAACUUGGUCCAAUUAAUUGUGCUGCAACAUGUAAUCCUCCUUGUCAAUACACAUGGACUAAACCAAAUACAGCAAUUAUAGAUGGUGGUCAAUUGGUUUUGGCAGUAUUGUCUAUUGCUGAUCAUGGAGAGUUUAUUUGCUCAGCAUCAAAUGCUAUUGAUGGAAGUCAUAAUAAAAGUCUGGCUGUAACAGUUAAUUUUAAACCUUUUCUUGACCAAACCAGACCACAUUCUCCACCUUAUGUUAGUGCAGCCGAAAACAACUCUCUUCACUUACAACUAACAGUUAAUGCUAACCCGACACCAACUAUAGAAUGGAAAUUCAGAACACAGGUGGACUGGGAUUCAUGUAAUUUUAUAACAAUAGUCUCUAACACAACAACUAAUAGGUUCCUUACUUCAUCAUCCGUUCUGAUUGAUGAUGAACAAAGCAAAAUCUUCGGCGAGUAUACUUUUUCAGCUAAUAAUACAGUUGGAUUCCUAUUUCGCAGAUUUGUUGUCAUGAAAGAGGCAAAUUUAGCCCGAGUGAAAUGUCCAAUAACGAACGAAAAUACUGGGAUGUUUUUAGCAGGAAUAGUAACCUUGAUUGUCGGUUUGAUGAGCUUAACGGCAGCAGUAAUUUUUGUUGUCAGAAACGGUUUAAAGAACAAAGCGCUGAAUUCAUCAAAAUUUGUUGAAUACAGUGAUAUGCAGAGAAGCAAUCCUGCAUUUACAGAUGCAUACACAACGUUACAGUCUAAUAUCGAAUCAACAGUACCUUCAGAGCAAACUAUUAACAAUUAUGAAGAAUGUGGGAGAACUCAUGAGGCAAAUAGAUACAGUUCAGUAGACAAAAAAGAUUCUGAACCAAGUCAAUAUCAGCAGCAUGGUGUUAAUACAUAUGAGGAAUGUGGAAAAAGAAUUGACGCACAUGCUUAUGAUAUUUUAGACAAAUGAAGUCAGACCAAGUUGACAUCCAAAAUAUAGUGGUUAUAUGAAAUUUAAAGAUUAACUUGUUACAUAAAUCGAAUAGAUGUUUAUUUCAAAAUGUGACACUUUGUAUUAAAUUCUGGUUCUACUUAACCAUGUAUGAUUUAAUUUUAUAAUAUUCAAAAUCUCUAUGCAACGUGUCGACACUGUGUAACUGCUUUGUCGCAAGAAUUAAUUUAUAUCGU